AUGGCCGAUGUGGGGGAUCGCAUGUUUUGUCAUGCCUGUGGCAGGGUAUGGCUACGCAGAGAUCAUGGGCUGGAAUGCCCACAUUGUCAUUCUGAGUUCACCGAAAUUGUGUGUCAUCCUUCCUUCUCCCUCUUUUCAUGCUAUACAAUGCUUGGUUUGGACAUGCUGACGGGCCAGAUCGAAAUCCCGCCAGAUACGGAAGAAGUCCCCGACCCUCCAACAUCUGUCCCCGAAGCCCGGCCAGCUCCCCCAAGAAACCCAUGGGCAGACCACAACCCCUGGGAUCAUGACGAUUUGAACAGAGACACCGCCGACUGGGGCUCGGGCAAUGGAUUCCGUCACCACACCUACAGGUCUCCGGAUGGCCGGUUUACUUUUUCCAGCACUACAUACACACGGCGUGGUUCGUCUGGUCAGCAAAUGCCGGCGGAUCCGCUAAUGCCUAUGGUCCGCGGAUUGGACACUAUUUUCCAUGGGUUGGCCGACACCUACCGGCAGACGGAGUACAGGCAACCGAAUGAGCGAGAUUCACCACCGGGGCCGUGGAGGAGCGACAGACAGAACUACAGGUUCAGCCCAAAUGACUCGAGGAUAUACAGCACGUCGUUUGAUUUCGACAUGGACACGCGGAGCAAUGGGGGCAUGGGGUCCGAGUUCCAUACGGCAGGGGGGCUACAUCCUCGUGAUGCAGAUAGUCCACAGCCUAUGGGUACUCCUCUACGAACUCUGGGCGAUAUUCUUGAGCUAUUCCGAAACGAUUUUGGAAGCAACGGCUCACCAGGCGGUGGCCCCGGCGUCCGUGUCAUGACCGGACCGAAUCCCAUUGCGAUUUUGUCGACGUUGCUCAACUUGGAUCGGAAUGGUGAUGCGGUCUACUCGCAAGAAGAACUAGAUCGGGUAAUAUCACAGCUGAUUGAUCAGAAUGCACGGGGGACGGCGCCACCACCCGCUGCUCCCAGUGCGAUCCAGUCUCUGCCGAAGAAGAAAGUGGACCAGGAGAUGCUGGGCAGCGAAGGCAAGGCGGAAUGUUCGAUUUGCAUGGACCCGGUGGAAUUAGGCACGGAGGUCACCGUACUACCCUGCAAGCACUGGUUCCACUACAACUGUAUUGAGAUGUGGCUGAGCCAACACAAUACAUGUCCCCACUGCCGGCGAGGCAUCAACAUUCCGGCAGCACCCGAAGGAAGCAGCGAUAACCCGGUAGUCAUCAACAGCAGUCCGGAGACGUCACCCCGUCGGCCGAGUGGCGCGGCUCGCGAGCAUAGCGGUCAGUCGCCGCCCCAGUGGUUCGGGACUGGACCCGAGACAGGACAAGAACCAGAUCAAGGGCGCUCCAGUCGGAAUGACAAUCAAGGAGGAGGCUUCGCCGGCUGGGUUCGAAGCCAUUUCGGAGGAGGCAACCCGUAG